UUGAUAUUCUAACCUAGCUAACAUAGAACGAAGCUAUUGUAACGCGGUUAUCUUAAUGAAAUGCGAAAAGGUCAUAGCAUCCGAGUGUCCGAAUAUGUUUAAUUCAAUGUUAAUUGACCGUUGCGAUCCCAAUCCGAUCGCGUCAUUUUUCAACUAGCAUAAAAGACAGUGAUUAAACCUUGCCGAGGUGGGGGACUCGGAAAGAGACUCGCUGAUUCUCACGACCACUACUAACCGUCUCCUCAUUUCUACACGACUAACGCGAGCGGCCGCAUGGUGCAUGUGCGGAGGAGGCCGAGCUCGCUUUAAAAUCGAGCAAGUCGAAAGUGUCGGCAACGAUACGGGAAGUUAUGAGGCUAUCAAACUCCUUGGAUAUUCACCAGUAAAACGUGAUCGAGCGUAAGUGCAGUGACUGCAAAUACCGAGUGAUUUUUCUUCCUCUUCUGAUUUUGCUGCUCCUGCUGCUGCUUGUACUGUUACCAAAUCAUCGAGGAGCCGAUCAGCCAGGCGCGACUCGGGACCGACCGUUUCUCUUAUUCAAUCCUAACCAUUCGGCGCCGGUGAAGAAUGAAUGUCGACGAAUACGAAAGCCUGCCAACGGCUUCCGUCGCCGUCCACAUGACAGCGGGUGCCCUCGCCGGCAUUAUGGAGCAUUGCGUAAUGUACCCGUUGGACAGCGUCAAGACAAGAAUGCAAGCGUUGACACCUGGCCCAGGUGGAGGUGGCGGAGUCGGCGCGGUUCUGAGCAGAAUGGUGAGACAGGAAGGACUUUUAAGGCCCAUUAGAGGCAUGGGAGCAGUUGUCGUGGGAGCAGGUCCUGCGCACGCCCUUUACUUUUCCUGUUACGAGUGGCUGAAAGAUCACAUGCUAGGACCGCGAUUGCCUCCGCAAGUCAAUCAUCUCGUUUACGGUGCCGCGGGUUGCGUUGCUACAGUUCUUCACGACGGAGUCAUGAAUCCAGCAGAAGUGGUAAAACAGCGACUGCAAAUGUACAACUCACCCCAUCGAAACGUGAUGGAAUGCUUACGGCAUGUUUAUAAAACCGAGGGAAUUGGAGCUUUUUACCGAAGUUAUACAACCCAGUUGGCAAUGAACGUACCUUUCCAGAGCAUUCACUUCAUUGCUUACGAAUAUGCGCAAGCCUGGACAAAUCCUGAUCACACCUAUAACCCUGCAGCUCAUAUGAUUUCAGGUGCUAUGGCAGGUGCGAUCGCAGCUGCAGCUACGACGCCGUUGGACGUAUGUAAGACGUUAUUAAAUACGCAACAAGGUGGCGCUCAAGUUGAAGGAAUGCGGGAUGCAUUCAGAACAGUAUACAAGUUUGGCGGGUUCCAAGGUUAUUUCAGGGGUCUUAACGCUCGCGUACUUUAUCAAAUGCCAGCAACAGCUAUUUGUUGGUCGACAUACGAGUUUUUCAAGUACGUGCUACACGGCAAGCAGGAUGAUGUUCACAGUCUGUACGGCGAAGUGGAAAGUACCGAAAGUCAGACGCAAUCGCACAGUUUGACCACAAGACCCAGCAGUUUUCAAGGAGCCAGCGUAUAUUUCAAUAACCAAUCUCCUGGCCCGGUCUUGCUAGAUGUGACUAGAAGUUAGGUAUCCCUCCACAGAUCGCACGUUGAAAUUGAAACUUUCAUUGGGAAAGUUCAAAUUGCUGACUUUAUACAUUUCGAGAGUUUAUUAUUAUCGAUUUUAGAACGAUAUUUUGUUAUCCCAAUUGUUGAUACGAUAUUAUGUAUUAUGUAUAAUGCGUGUAAAAGUGGAGGAUAGAAAGCAAGAUAGAGUCGAGUGCAGGUCACUGGCUCGACGGAACGGUAUCUAUCUGUUUUCCACUUAGUAAUCGGCAUGACUUUGGAGAGCACUUUUUAUCACAUUACCUAUUUACCUAAAAUACGACUCGUUAAAUGCCAGACUAAUUAAAUUAGGAGAGAGAUUUUAAAGUAACUAGAUUUGUUUC